AUGCUGAAUAACUACCCCGCCAGGACUCAGUGUGCUGCCCUCGCCGACUGGGAAUUUAACAGCCACAACUCAGUUUCCGGCGAAGACCUCAGGCCUGAGUGUCCCGGGGAGAUCCGGUACGACUCAUCCGCCCUGCGGGAGCAGGUGGUCCGCGAUCCGUAUGACUACGCGCGGGAGACUGAGGCGGUAUGGCGUGCCAGGGGUGCAGUCUGGGAGAUCGCGGAUGUCUUUGAGAUUCUUAAGGGCCAGUUUUGGCGGCUUCACUUUGUGCCCACAAGCGAGCAGUUGGUCACGGAUGUCGACACCUUGUACUCUCCAACCAAUGAUGAAGUGGUAUCCAUGCUGCAGAACAUCUAUCACGAGCACGGCUGGGACGACUUACAGAAAUAUCGCACGCGAGAGUGUCUGGAGGCGGUGAAGAAAGCAUUGGAGGAGCACUAUCCUUGA